AUGGCAACUAAAAUUCCCACAGAAAUAUUAAUUAAAAUUUUAAAUAAUAAUGUUCAAUCAUCUCAUGAUUUAUAUUCCUCCUUAUUAGUUAAUCGAACCUGGUGUAAGGUUACUAUACCUAUACUUUGGGAAUUACCUUUGGGUCAAAAAUAUCUUCGGUCGGAGAAGUUGAUGAAUAAUGCAUUAUGUAUUCGAACCUAUAUAUCAUGUAUGGAUACUCAAGCUAGAACUUUACUUACUCAAAAUGGAUUUGAUUUAUCAUUAUCACCACCUCAAACUACUUUUGAUUAUCCAUCAUUCACUCGUAGAUUUAGAAUUGAUAAUUUAGCUUAUUAUGUCUUCUAUUCACAAAAAAUUAUUGGUUCAGAUAAUGACAUCACCAAAUCAAGAAUAUUGUUUCGCGAGAUAUGUAAAUUAAUAAUAAAUCGUUGCACAUUUUUGGAUUCUUUUAAAAUUACGGAAGUUCACGGAUAUUUUUGUAAAAAAUUUCUAAAUAGUGAUUUAAUUGGAACAAUUAUCAAGUUACCUGGUGCUUCGAAAGUAUUUAAGAAAUUAGAAACAUUUGUUUCGGUGGCAUGUGAUGAUGAACUAACUAGACCUUUAUAUGAGUCAUUUGCAUUGAUUUGUGAUAAUAUCUUAAAUAUGGAUUUGAAAUUUAAUUCUUCUCGAGUGCAAUUAUUAGAAAAACUUAUUAGUGUUCAAAAACGGUUAGAAAGUCUGUCAAUUAUUGGUAAUGGUAGUAUAAAUUAUAAUUCAUUAUUAUUGAAUAUCAUCAGUCAAAAAGAAACAUUAAAGAGUCUUCGUUUAAAAUCAGUAAAUUUUUAUAAUUUCGAGGAGAAAUUAUCCCCAAUUGGACAAUUUUCUUCACUUCAAGAACUUUAUAUUGAAAAUUGUUAUGGAUUGUGUAAAUCGGAUUGCUUAUUUUUUGCUUCAUCAUUUACUCAAUUAAGUAGUUUUCAUUUGAGUAAUCUUUUUUAUGAGUUUUCAUUUGGUUGUGGAAAAGAAUUGGAUGCUAACAUAUUAUUAUGUCAAAUGGCCGAAAGUGUACCAGAAUCACUUGUAACUAUUGAAAUUAAAAUGGGAACAUUUAGUGCUGAUAGUUUAAGAAAAUUUUUUGAAGGGUGGUGUUGUAAAGGAGGAGGAAGAAAUAAAAAGAUGAUUGUAUCACAUAAAAUAUUAUUGAAUGAACAUUAUAAAGUUAUUAAAGAAUAUGGGGUUCAAUUUGGUUUGGUUUAG